GCUGGUUCUAACCAAGGCAAAAAGCACUAGAGGAUACUAAUUUAAGAUUCUAAAAAAGAAAAAAUGUGGGCCUUCCUGUUGCUCACAUUUGCACUCGCUGUUGGAGCAUCAGAAACUAACAACACAACAGUGGAUGAAAAGCUGGUGAUAGCCAGAGGUAAACUACUGGCUCCCAGUGUGGUCGGAUGAGCCAUAAAGAAAUUGCCAGAGCUCUAUAAUUUUCUCAUGGAGCACUUGGCUUUAUACCACAACUUGGAGUAUGAUUCAUCGUCGGAGAAGAAUCCCCGUCUGAUUUUCUAUAACGAAAAGGAUGAAGUUGUGAAGACUGUCCCUGUGAAGAAAAUGAAGGCAGAUGAGAUCAGCAGCCUGUUAGACUCACUUGGUUUCUACAAGAGGUCCCAGAAAGGGGAAAAGGUGCCAGAGGAGUUUCAGCACUUCCCCCUGCUUGCCCCUAGGGACGAGCUGUGAUGACACCUUGUGGCCAAACUCUGCCUCUGCAACCCAGUCACAUUAAUGAUGAGUGGAGCUCCAAGGCCAAAAACAAUGCGUCAGGCACCAUUCUGAGAACUUGCUACUUGGCUGCAGUGUGCAGGAUGUUAGUCACUGCUGUGUGCCAUAAUUUUUAGUCUCUACAUUUAAAUAAAACACCAUAA